ACCACCAUAUGCUUUUUGUUUCAGAUAGUAGCAGUCCAAAGACGAAAAUGUCGAAUCCGUUCGCCUUUACGAUACAAGACUUCCCAAAUUAAAAUCGCAGUCAAAAUGGAAAUUGUGAAAAGGUUUUUACCCUUUACGCUGCUAUUUAUACUUCAGCAUAGAGGAUUGCUGUGCCAACACAAAGCCGAAAAAACAAGAACAGAGAAUGACGACGUUUACCAAAUUAAUCGCACAUAUAAUUUAGAUAUAUCCAAAGAGUUGCGUCCAUUUAGCAAUAUUGAAGACGACGAAAUAAGAGACAUCUUUAAUCCAGAUUAUUAUAAUCCAAGAAUAAGGUAUUUUAGAACUAAAAGAGGUAAUCCGACCGAUAGUUUAGCAACAAUUAGAAAAAAAUUAAAUGAUGGGAAAAGAAAAGAAGAAAUGAUGGCCGCUGAUGCUGAUGCUCGAAUGGAACCGAAUGAUACGGAUUCGGCGAAAAAUGCAGAGGGUCAUUCCGAUUAUGGACAUAAACAAAGAAAAACGAACGUGGAGCAAUUGUACAACAGAAACAACGACAAAAUUAGGAUCCUCCAUCAACAGCACGCCGUGGAAAAACUGCAUGAAUUCGAAGCUGGAGUCGACUGCGAUUUCGAGAAUGAUUGCGUUUGGACGUGGCGGAAAGAUAUUGCGAACGGAUUCUUUAUCACCUCUGGCACGAAGUACGGACUCAACGAAACGGGGCCCAGAACGGAUGCUGAUAAUAGCGAAGGAGGUAAAUCUCCUAGAGAUUUAAGAGGCCAACAGAAUAAUUGGAGGACACUUCCACAUGAUAAUACGGAUCUUGUAAAAGAACACAUUCAGUCAUUUCCACUGAAAACAAGUUAUUAUUCUUCUAAUGAAAUAGAAUCUCUAGAUGCUAAGCUGGACAUAAAAAAAAUGUUCAAUUUGUUCCAAGAGAAAUAUAACGACUUAAACGUAAAGUAUUGUUUUUACUACAAACUUUUCAAAGAACAUUUCAAUUAUAGAUUUGGAAGGCUUCGAAUUGACACUUGUUGUGAAUGUGAACUGCUCAGUAUUACAAUAAAAAAAUCCUCAGUUAAAUGA